UCAAUGUUUUAUCAUCAUUGGCUUUAAUUAAGAGUCAUAUGUUUGGCUAACUACAACUUAACAAGAUAAAGAAAACAGCCAAAUUCUCACGGAGUUUUCAGCACUUCAGUUUGUUUAUCGCGCACCACUUCUCUUUGUUUAGAGCAUUACAAGUAUUUUGAAAUAAGUGCAUUGCAUAAGAACACAGACGUAUUUUUUUUUCUUUCCCUGAGUUUGAUUUAUUAGAGCUGUAACCUGGGAAUGUAAGAUUGGCGUGAACCUCCUGGUCAGUUGAAACACCUUCAAUGCUGGUAUCGAAUUUCUUUUUCACCUGGUGACUCUGGGAGAUUUGAGGAGAUACAUUUUUCCUCGGCCCCAAAAGCUGGAGGAGAAUUCAUUUAAUAAGUAAAGACUGGUUCCGCAUCGGUGACCACACUGAAUCGUCACAUCGAGAUGUGACGGAGGAAAAAAAACAGGACUUCUGUUUCUAAAAAUGAUGGAUACUUGCUCAGAAUGAAGAUUCUGUCAGUUUAUCUUGGCAUUUUGUUCUUUUUGAGUACAGUCACGGGCGACUUUUGGAGUCCCUGGUCACCAUGGAGCAAUUGUUCCCGCACUUGUAAUGGUGGCGCCACCUUUCGGAGCAGACGAUGUAUCAAAAACCAGAGUAUGGGAUACGGUUGUCGUGCCGAAGACGUCCAGUAUAAAUUAUGUAAUGCUCAGGAGUGUACAUUGGAUGACCCUGAUUUCCGAGCUGUUCAGUGCUCGUCCUUUAAUAACAAGCCGUACUCCGGGAGGUAUCUGAAGUGGAUCCCCUACCAUGACUCCACCAGUCCGUGUGCCCUAUACUGCCAAGCAGUGGGUCCUGAUAUAACCCACAGGUUCGCCAACAAAGCACUGGAUGGAACUAGAUGCCGAAAUGGUUCCAAAGAUAUGUGCAUUGAUGGCAAAUGCUGGCACGUAGGAUGUGAUAAUGUACUUGGGUCAAAAACAGAGGUGGAUAAAUGUGGUAUCUGUGGGGGAAACAAUUCAUGUAUCACCCAGAAGCAUGCCAAAUUUCAGUGGACACAAUCUGGAUUCGGUGAAUGUUCAUCGACUUGUGGUGUAGGACAUAGAAGAACAAAGGUGGUUUGUAAAAAUCGAGUAACAGGAAAACGAGUCAGCAAUAAAAGAUGUCAGGGAGAUAAAAGACCAAAAGGGAAAAUUAAGGCCUGUCAAAGACGGGAAUGUGGAGAAAGGUACGACUGGGUAUAUGGACCUUGGAGUAAAUGUUCGUGUUCUGUUAAGUUCACUCGGAGGUCCAGACGAUGCGUCAAGUUUUAUACGAAUUCUACCCAAAUCUACGUGAAGGAAACACUCUGCAAAACUCUAACAACCGAGGCCAGAAGACCAUGUGACCGGAAGUUCUGUCCUUUGUGGCAUGUUGGCCAUUGGUCACCAUGUUCUGUAUCGUGUGGUGACGGUGUUCAACGUAGAGGUGUCGUCUGCCAACACUUUGGGAGAGAAUUUUGUGAUCUAAAAACAAAACCUUUAACAGUUCGGGCUUGUAAUACUACGCAAUGUAUAGUUCAAAGAGAUUCCAGCUAUGCAGAUUACAUGCUUAAAGAUAUACAAGAGGUGACGAUUGGGGAAUCGGACAGUAGGUCGAUAAAACGAAUACCACCCCUCAAUAUCACAGACAAGGAGCCACGCCCAAGAUAUGUAACGAGAGAAUGGCAGCCCUGCAGCGUCACGUGUGGAAGGGGCCGGAAAUGGCGUUACGUAAAAUGUCAAGUUUAUGUUCCGAACACUGGCGAAAUAUCAGAACUUCCAGACGAGGAAUGUCCUGGAUUGAAGCCUCUGGUAUCUUCUCCUUGUGUAAUAAAGGAUUGUGUACAGCAGUUCGAGUACCGCAGUGUUGGUAUGACGCCAUGUAGCCGCAGUUGUCUCGGGGGUGUGCAACAAACAAUAGUCCGAUGUGUUAAUAUACGUAACGGCUCCACUGUUAACGAUAAAUAUUGCAGUAAUGCAAAAUUUGUUCCCAUUGAAAGGAGGGUUUGCAAUGAUAUUAACUGUCCACAAAGAUGGAAAAUUGGAGAUUUUGGGGUGUGCUCGGUGACCUGUGGCGGUGGAAUUAUGCACCGUGACGUAGAGUGUAUCCAGGAGUUUGCAGCUAGAUACAGACACGUGAUCCACCUUCCGGAUAACAUGUGUGAGCAGCCCAUUCCAACACGUAAUAGAAAGUGCAGUAAUAUAGACUGUCACUCAGAGUGGAUGGCAGGUGCUUGGUCACAGUGUUCGGUAACUUGUGGUUCUGGAUAUCAGUCACGUGAUGUGUUCUGUAUCAAAAAGAAUGCUAAAGGGCAUUAUAUCAAUAUUACAUCGGAUUUAUGUGAUUCGAACACGCAGCCAACAGAUGUACAGAAAUGUAAUGAAAGUGUGUGUCCAAAACCAAAACUAAGGUCCCUUGAUGUGCAAUUCUUUCAGCUUGACAAACUAAAACGAGUAAAACUUACUAUUGGAAUGUCAGCUGUUAUCUUACCAGGAACAACCGUACUAAUUAAGUGUCCAACACGGGGAGUACAAGUUCAAGAUAUCAAGUGGCUUAAAAAUGGAACCUUUAUAACAUAUUCUGGAAGAAUCAAGUUAACUCGAAAGAGGUUCUUAAAAAUCAAAAACGCGAUUCCAGAGCUAGAUUCUGGUACGUACUCUUGUAAGGCAGGGUCCCUGCAAUCGACUUCUAGUGUCACAUUUAGUAGUGUGUAUGACAUAAUUAAAGCUACAAUGCUGAGAGAGAAAUACCUCUCUGGA